UGAGCAAGUAGUUAAUAGGCUGGAAGGAAAAAAAUAUAUAAAUAGCGACAUGACCGUGGGUGGAGUACUUCAGUUCAGUCUUAACUUCAUACAUUUUUUAAGAUCUCAAUUUUUUGUCCCGAGUUAGCAGCAAAUCGUCUAAAAAAUCAUGUUUAAGGUAAUUCUAAUCACUGCCUCCAUGGCGCUUAUCGCCUUCGGUCGCCCUCAACAAGCCCCACCCGCCGCAGCAGCCGCAGGAUCCUCCGCCCCCGCAACGGGUAACUCUUCUGCCGCGACCUUCUUGAAGGACGAGAGACAACCUUUGGACGACAAAGGCUCCUACAAAUACGACAUCGAGCUCUCCGACGGGACAAAACUUCAGCAAGAAGGAAACACCGAGGCUCCCGGGGCCGGAGAGAACGAGACCUCAAUCGUCAUCAAGGGUUCUUACUCGUACACCGCCCCCGACGGAACUCCAGUUAACGUGAUGUACAUCGCGAAUAAGGAUGGUUAUCAACCAACUGGAGAUGUGAUUCCAAAAUCAUCAUCUAAAGCAGCAGCGUCCCCUCCUGCGGCUGGAAGUAGCUCGGCAGCCGCACCCCCAGCAGCAGCACCACCAGCAGCAGCAGCUUCCGCCGCCGCUGCGACACAACCAGCCCCACCAGCACAAGGAUAACUCCUUAUCUUAACUCAUCACUUUAUAAUCUUAUGUCGUCAUACGUAUAGACUCUUAUUUUCACAUUAUGCACGCCAAUACACACUCAAAUAAUAAAAUCGCCAAAUGAAAAAUGAUACAAA